CAAACAGCUUCUACAAAUAUCUCAAACCCUAAACACCAACAAAAAUAGAAUCAUGCUCGGAGAAACUUGUCUUCCCAAUCCUACGGUUCGCCUUCCACCUUGGCCUGACCUUGAUGAUUAUCAAACGGCUGAUGUACACUCUCCUCUCAAGUACAAUGCAUCCUGCAACCACUUCAACGAUAACAAUGAUCCGUUUUACUCGCAGGAAGCACUGCGAGCAUUAGAAUGUUACGUGCCACCAAAAGAACCGGAUGCCGAGUCGGAUUCUGAGCUUUUGGGACUGCGGAGUAGCCCGGAUUCUCCGGUUGACGCUUGCUCUUGUGAUCAUUUCCGGAUGUUUGAGUUCAAAGUACUGAGGUGUUCACGUGGCCGUGCACAUGACUGGACUGAAUGUCCGUACGCUCAUCCGGGCGAGAAAGCUCGUCGGAGGGACCCGAGGAGGUACCAUUACUCGGGUACGGUUUGUCCUGGCUUCAAGAAAGGGAACUGUCGCAAAGGAGAUGCUUGCGAGUUCGCUCAUGGGGUUUUCGAGUGCUGGCUCCACCCGGCUCGUUACCGAACUCAGCCAUGCAAAGACGGGACGGGUUGCAGGCGUAGGGUUUGUUUCUUUGCUCAUACUCCGGACCAGCUAAGGGUCGUCAGCUCCGUGGAUUCGUAUGAUGGUUCACCUUCUAGUGCUAAAACGACUAGUUUUUGGUCUUCCCCUGGUUCCAGUUCUCCUCCGAUGAGUCCCCGAGCCGAGCCUUCGCCCCCUUUUCCGCCUAUGUCUCAGUCACUGAGUCGGUCUCUGGGUUCAGCUUCUAUUAAUGAGACGGUGGCUUCUAUGAGGAACUUGCAACUUGGGAAGGCCAAGUCAUUGCCUUCAUCAUCGAACGUACAAGUAGGCUGUUGCUCUCCAGCGUUUGGGUCUCCGAGAGGAGCAGCGAUCCGACCCAACUUCUUUAGCCUUCCUAAUACUCCGACCCAAAAGUUGACCCGUCAUGGGGUUAGGUACUUAGAUUUGUGGGAUAAAGUGUGCGAAGAAGAGCCACAUAUGGAAAGAGUUGAAUCCGGAAGGGAUUUACGUGCAAAGAUGUUUGAGAAACUGAGUAAAGAGAACCAGCUGGAAAGCGUUAACCCGAGUCAGUCUUCUGCAGGUCCGAACGUGGAUUGGGUUUCGGACCUGGUGAAUUAAAAAAAAUAACUGGAAGCGUGAGCUAGCUCGAUCGAAGUGGAGCUUUACAUUACGUUAUUAUCUGAUUUAUUUGAAUCUUUUUUGACUCCUCUUCUCACUGUGAAUAGCCUCUGAAGAAGAAGAUAUAUUUUGCUGCAACGAAAUUGAAGAUCUUGUAACAAAACCAGGUGUUAUUUCCUACAAGCGAAGUAGAGUGGUUUGUGUUUUUUUCUUCUCUCUCCCGAUAAUCUUCUAUGAAAUUCAGAAGAUCAGUAGUCAGCAGUUAAAAAUUUUAAGGUUGGGUAAGGUGGAAGCAAACAAUGGAUAAUCCCUUUCUCUA